UGUGCAUGGCUGCUGUGAUGUUCAGUAUCCAAACGCCCAUGCCUGAUCAACAGAUGCCCCCAGCUGACGCAGGGCUGUACAGAGCCCCUCCGGAGGUCAGAGGGAUGACCGUCCUGGAUCGCGAAGCCUUCACACAGACGGUUAGCGUCCCUGCGCUACGGUUACCGACAUGUGCCGUGAAUAAACUAAUGAAAUCCCUGAAGAAAGUGGCCUUGCAGCGACCCGGUGUGAAGCGGGUGGUGGAGGAGGAGGAGGAUAGCAAUAACGAUAACGGCAAAUAUCGCCUGCUUCUUUUGGACCCUCUGAGGGUGACCACAGCCGAGUCAUUGAAGGAUGAGGAAAUGGCUGCUCUGAAAGCAGCCGGCGUUGAGCCUGACGUUCAGCGAUAUGAGCUGCAGUUAACGUACGAUAACCUUAAAAGCGAGGAGAUUUUACGCGCAGUACUGCCUGAGGGUCAGGACGUGACAUCGGGCUUCAGUCGCGUUGGGCACAUCGCUCAUAUGAACCUGCGCGAUCACCAGUUACCUUACAGGAACCUUAUAGGUCAAGUCAUCAUGGACAAGAACCCAGGUGUGACCUGUGUGGUCAAUAAGACCAACACUAUUGACUCCACCUACCGGAACUUUCAGAUGGAGGUGCUGGCAGGAGAAAACAACAUGGUGGCUAAGGUGCGUGAGAACGGAGUGAACUACGAGUUUGAUUUCUCACGCGUGUACUGGAACCCUCGUCUGAGCACAGAACACGAGCGAGUGGUGGCAACGUUUCGCCGCGGUGAUACGGUCUUGGACGUAUUCGCCGGGGUCGGACCUUUCGCUAUCCCAGCCGCCCGUCGAGGGUGCACCGUCCUGGCCAACGACUUGAACCCCGAAUCCUACCACUGGCUCCAACACAACGCCAAACUCAAUAAAGUUCACACCAAGGUCACGACCUUCAACCUGGACGGCCGCGAGUUUAUCCGGGGGCCCCUGAAGGAGCAGCUGCCAGCCCUGCUGAAGGGUUCAGCAGGGGUCCAUGUGAUCAUGAACUUACCUGCUCUGGCUCUAGAGUUCCUGGAUGCAUUCAGGGGUCUGUUCGUGGACCUAGACUAUGAGCAGGAGCUUUCCUGUGAGUCCAACCUGCCUCACGUUCACUGUUAUGGGUUCUCCAAGGAGGACAACCCACAAAGGGACGUUGUCCAGAGGGCUUCGGCCAGCCUGGGGGUGUCCCUGGAGGGACGCUGCACGGUGCACAUGGUGAGGAACGUGGCACCAAAUAAGGAAAUGAUGUGCGUGAGUUUCACGCUGCCCAAAGAGGUGUUGUUCAGCCGAGAGACCAAACACACAGAAACAACUGGAGAACCAUCUCCAAAGAGACAGAAAUGUGAGGAGACAAAUGACUGAAAUCCAACAGUGGACCAUCUACAAGGACUAUAGCUGUUUUAAUUUUUCUG